UCAGGCACCAUGGGGAAGCGGGACAAUCGGGUGGCCUAUAUGAAUCCUAUAGCAAUGGCUAGAUGGAGGGGCCCAUCUCAAUCUGCAGGCCCCACAAUACAAGAUUAUCUGAAUCGACCAAGGCCCACCUGGGAAGAAGUGAAGAAACAAUUAGAAAAUAAAAAGAAAGGCUCCAAGGCAUUAGCUGAAUUUGAAGAAAAAAUGAAUGAGAAUUGGAAGAAGGAACUAGAAAAAAGCAGAGAGAAAUUAUUAAGUGGAAAUGAGAGCUCAUCCAAAAAAAGAGAAAGAAAGAAAAAGAAAAAGAAGAAAUCUUGUCAGUCUUCAUCUUCUUCUACAUCAAGCUCUGAUUCUUCAAGCAGUUCUUCAGAUUCUGAGGAUGAGGAAAAGAAACAAGGAAAAAAGAGAAAGAAAAAGAAGAACCGUUCAUACAAAUCAUCAGAAAGCUGUACAUGUGAAUCUGAAUCAGAGAGCAAAGAAUCUGUAAAAAAGAAAAAGAAAUCAAAGGAUGAAACAGGCAAAGAAAAGUAUAUUAGAAGUCUCAGCAAAAAAAGAAAGAAGACUUGUCCUGAGGGUAAACCUUUAUCAUCAGAGUCCUCAUCAGAAUCAGAUUAUGAAGAGGAGAUACAAGCAAAAAAGAAGAGAAGACGUGAAGAGCGAGAAAAAGCAAUGGAAAAAGCAAAGAAGAAGAAGAAGAAACAGCACAAAAAACAUAGUAAGAAGAAGAAAAAGAAGUCAGGUUCAAGUCACAAGUCUGGAUAA